AUAUUCUCUUAGGCGGAAAGCCAGCAUAAUGGAGCUGUGCUAUUUGUCACAAGAUAAGAUACUCAAUAGUUAUCAAUGCCUCCUUUUAGACUGUUAUUUAAUCAUCAUAUUGACGCUAAUUCCGGCGCAAUGAUCGCCGAGUUAUCUUCUAAUUCGCCCCCCUCGGGAUCCCAUGUGCGAUGCAACGGUCGAGGUAGCGCUAAAAUAGCGGAAGUCGAACGGGGGAGACCCGUGAAGAGGAGAAGACCAUCGUAAUUUCAUCCAGUUUUGAUGGCAAUUUGAUCAAGAUGGACACGUGGAUCGCGUGGGUUCCAUCAUGGAUCUAGGUGCAGGUCAAUGAUUGGUAGCUUCUCGGUGGCCCCCUACUUAUUAAAUUAGCGCGAUAAAUUCAACUCAACCCGCGAAACUCGCCGAUGUACUCUUUUAGUCCUAUAUUUCCACGUGGCUCGAUCAGGGGACAUCAUUUUGCUGGAUGAUACGAAUAUGGCCACCGAUCAGUUUGUUCUUCUGAUGAAGGGUAUUUGUGUAAUUGUAGUAAUGAGGGCGUAUCCGAAAAAUCGCCGCCGCACUCUUUGCGGAUAAGACGAGGAAAGUGAGGUUGGACUACUUUUUUCCGUUUUUUUCAAAAUCCACAGUGCGCUUUAUCACCUUUGUGGGAUCAGUUUACAUGAAAGAAAACCAUCUACGUGGCUCUUUUUUAUUGGCUUUAUGAUAAAAAAGGGAAACGAACUUUCUGGGAAGCGCGAGGAGGAGCAGCUCUAUAGGCCGAGAGUAUAGUUCCGGCGGAGCAGCAGAAACUUUUAGUCCAGGCUGUUCCACACUGUGCUCUCCCUCCUUCUCUUCGAGAUCCGGUCACCGUUCUUAUCCUAAGCCAACGCUGCUCUGCCGAGUGGAGCAGCACUCCUUCCCACUCUUUUUUUUUUUUGGCAACUCCCUUUCCACUCCCUUUAUAAAACAAUACUAGAUUCCUCUCGCCCUCCGCAAACUCCCAGUUUGAUCUCCUUCCGCUCUCUGUCUCUCUCCGAGUUCCAAAUUCACACGUUUCCUCUCCAAAAACCCCUCUUUUGGCCUAUUUGGGCUUCUUUUUGGUCGCUCUUAAUCCUGUUGUUGUUGGAUUUUGGGGACCUUGAUGGCGAGUUUGGAGGAUUUGGGGGUGUCGGCGUUCAUCAACAUACUGAGCGCCUUCGCCUUCCUGUUGCUCUUCGCGGUGAUGAGGAUCCAGCCGAUCAACGACCGCAUCUACUUCCCCAAGUGGUACAUGAGCGGCGGAAGGAAGAGCCCGCGGCGGGGGAGCGGCGGCCACGGGGUGGGGAGGUUCGUUAACCUCAACCUCUGGACCUACCUAACUUUCCUCAACUGGAUGCCCGGGGCGCUGAGAAUGAGCCAGGCCGAGAUCAUCCAGCACGCCGGCCUGGACUCCGCCGUCUACCUCCGGAUCUACAUUCUUGGAUUAAAGAUUUUUGUGCCGAUGACAAUCCUUGCAUUAGCAUUUCUUAUUCCAGUCAAUGUUUCUGGUGGAACAUUAUUCAACCUCAGGAAAGAAAUAGUUUCCAGUGAUAUUGAUAAACUUUCUAUUUCAAAUGUCAGUCCUGGAUCGCAGAGGUUCUGGGUUCACCUUUUAAUGGAAUACUUGUUUACAGCAUGGACUUGCUAUAUUCUCUACAAGGAAUAUGAUAAUGUGGCUUUUAUGAGAUUACAUUUCCUGGCCUCACAACAUCGUCGUGUUGAUCAGUUCACUGUAGUAGUUAGAAAUGUACCACAUGUUGCUGGGCACUCAAUAUCAGAAAGUGUGGAACAAUUCUUUCAAAGAAACCACCCUGACCACUAUCUGGGUCACCAGGCUGUCUUCAAUGCAAACAAAUUUGCUAAACUUGUGAGGCGGAGGGAAAGGCUUCAAAACUGGUUGGACUACAACUUGCUCAAAUUUGAAAGGCAUCCUGACAAAAGGCCAACUAGGAAGAAAGGGUUUCUUGGCCUUUGGGGUGAAAGGGUGGAUUCAAUUGACUAUUACAGAGAAAAGAUCAGUGAGCUUGACAAAAAAAUAGCAUCUGAGCAUCAGAGAGUUCUUAAAGAUCCGAAGGCUAUCAUGCCGGUAGCUUUUGUUACAUUCGAUUCGAGAUGGGGUGCUGCUGUGUGCGCACAAACACAACAAAGCAGGAAUCCCACACAGUGGUUAACUGACUGGGCACCUGAACCACGUGAUGUAUACUGGCGGAAUCUGGCUAUACCCUUUGUUUCUCUCAGCAUCAGAAGGCUUAUAAUAUCAAUAUCAUUGUUCGCACUGGUGUUCUUUUACAUGAUCCCCAUUGCAUUUGUGCAAUCACUUGCGAAUCUUGAGGGCCUUGAAAAAGUUGCUCCGUUUCUCAGGCGGGUGAUAGAAAUAAAGGUGAUAAAGUCCUUCUUACAAGGAUUUCUUCCUGGGUUAGCUUUAAAGAUCUUCUUAUAUAUCCUUCCAACAGUUCUGAUGAUUAUGUCAAAAGUGGAAGGCUACUUGUCAAUAUCAUCACUUGAAAGAAGGGCAGCAGCUAAAUAUUAUUACUUUAUGCUGGUGAACGUAUUCUUGGGAAGCAUAGUGACUGGAACAGCAUUUGAACAACUCUAUUAUUUUCUUCAUCAAUCACCUACCCAGAUCCCAAGAACCAUUGGAGUAUCUAUACCAAUGAAAGCUACAUUCUUUAUGACAUACAUAAUGGUUGAUGGGUGGGCUGGCAUUGCAAGCGAGAUACUUCGAGUGAAGCCAUUGGUCAUAUAUCAUCUGAAAAAUAUGUUUUUAGUGAAAACAGAAAAGGACAGAGAGAAGGCGAUGGACCCCGGAAGCAUUGAUCUUCCUGAGACCCUUCCAACACUCCAAUUAUAUUUUCUCCUUGGGCUUGUCUAUGCUGUAGUCACCCCACUGCUUCUUCCCUUUAUACUAGUAUUCUUUGCCUUUGCAUUCCUUGUUUAUCGACACCAGAUAAUUAAUGUUUACAAUCAAGAAUAUGAAAGUGCUGGUGCAUUUUGGCCACUUUUUCAUGGCCGCAUAAUAGCUAGUUUGUUGAUAUCCCAAUUGCUUCUGCUUGGUUUACUCAGCACAAAAAAAGCUGCUAACUCCACCCCUUUGCUUACUAUUCUGCCUGUUCUGACAAUAUGGUUUCACAAGUACUGCAAAAGCCGAUUUGAACCAGCUUUUAGAAAAUAUCCACUAGAGGAAGCGAUGGAGAAGGAUAUGAUGGAGCGAGCUUCCGAACCUAACCUUAACCUUAAAGCUUACUUAGCUGAUGCAUACUUGCACCCGAUCUUCCAUUCAAUUGAGGAUGUGGAAACGGGUGAGGUCAGAGUAGACAAAGGCCAAUCUUAUAUGACCUCACCCUCUAGGAGUGAAAUCAGUUCUUCACCCCAGUAUGUAUACCAUUAUGAAAUUGAACCUUAAUGCAUUUUGUCUGACCUGCAACUCUUUCUUCUAUGAAUCCUCUGAUUUGAAUUUGCCAUUUUAGUUCAUGUUAAUUCAUUAUUUUUGUCUCCUUUUGUCUUUCAUGUCAAGAUGUACAUGUGCACACUAAUUUGUUUGAUGGAUCUGUUGCCUAUUCAUUGUAAAAAUUCAUAACCAGCUCUCUUUAUGCCCA